AUGUCGCGAGGUCACCGGCCGUUCAACGAGGUCAGCCUCACCGUCACAGGAGCCCAGUUUUUCAAAGAAAGAUUUCCAAACUCCAGACGACGCGAUGAAAAUGUGCCAGCGUGCUCCGAAACUGGUCUCUCUCAUAUCCACAACCUCUACUUUGUUGCCUACGUCGACAAGAUUUACGUCUAUCAACCACAGUUUCCAUCUCAGAGCAUCGAGCAAGAACCAGUCUUGAUUAUACACACAGAACCAAAGCCGAAAACUCCCGAAGAGCAGAGACACUACGGACACUAUUCGAACAACGGCACUCGAGCUAUUAAUAAACUACUGGUGCAAUUACUAGGAAACGAGGAAGUGGUUGCCGUAGUUAGAGAUGAUGGCGACGUCGAAGCAUACUACACACGGCACAUAUACAAUGCCAUUGAGAAGCGAGCUUACUACGAUAGUGCUCUUGGCAUAUUGUCUGCAGAUGUCAGGCCGUUCUUCCACAGAAGCGUGGGACUAAGUGCUUGGGGACUGGCCAUACACAGCACGGCUCGCAUGAUAGCUGUGAGCGCAAACACACAUGCAACUACGGUCUUCACGUUUGCGCUCACCGAUGGCGAAUUAGCUGACGACGACGACCUUCCCGACGAAGACGAGGUUUACUACUACGGGAUGCGUGGGCCGGUGCCGCCGAACGAUAGACGCAAGAACGAUGUACGUAUACUGGCUCACGAAGGCGGGACACAAAAUCUGCCGGAUAUUGCCUUCUGUAAUACUGGCAACGAUCCAGCCGGCAGGUGGCUGUUGACCGGAGAUCUCCUAGGCCAAGUGGCUGCGUGGGAUGUACACAGCCUGCAAUUGAAUCAAGUCGUCAACACCGCUUUCAGUCCUCCCAUCUUCCAGAUGCCCAAAGGUGCGAUGGAUGGACGUAACGGAAUCUGGGGUCUGUUGUUUCUCGAUCCGCUUUCUUUCCGAAACACGACCACGAUCGAGGAAGCUCUGGGGGUCUCUCCGGAGCAGACCAAUAUAGAUCUGGACAGGGAGAAGGACAAUGCUAUUUGGGAUAUGGGGAAGACAGUAGACCGCAUUGCUCAUGUCCGUCGUCCGUUUAAGGAUGUCGGAAGGCCGGUCGAGGUACAAAAUGGCAACUUCGCGCAUCCCCUAGAAUUCUCGCGACACAGGAGCGAUGGUCUUUCUGACAGGCAUCCCGUUGAUUCAGAAGUCGACAGAGGUAGCGAAGCAGGAGAGGAGCAACCAGGAGAAGAAGAGGAAUUAGAGGAGGGUGCCGAUGAUAACAGUCUCUGGGACAGCGACGACAGUUACGACGAGAAUGGGUACGAUUCGGCCGAGGAUACACACAUGACAUUCCACCGGCGAGACGGAACUACCUUCGAGGUCGCAAAGCCAAAACCUGGAGCUUCAUUCGGACGUGGUGAUAGUAUGUGUGGCGACCUGCCCUGUCCCAUACUCCAGCUUUCGUUCAAAGACAUCUACCUUUACCAGCCAUCACCAACCGGCAAGGCGUGGGACCACUUGCCUAUGCCAUCUACACGACGUCUGUUCCAGCAAGAAGUAUCUGUUGCUUUUGAGUCGGGAUCUUACAAGUUCGGUCGCAUCAACAUGUAUGCGCAAAUACCGAGUUUAGGAGUCGUGAUCAUCGCCACACAAAAAGGACGUGUUGCGGUUUUGUCGCUCACACAGACUGUGACGCGUAUGCUCGACUACGAGAAAGCCAAAAUGAGCGAUCCGCCGCUCGAGAGACUGCAAAUGGAGAAACGCGUCUUCGGAUACAGAGUAGACCAUAUCUUGCCUCUUUCCAGCCAAGAAGAAGCUGGUCAUCGGCCCAAGGCUGGAAUUCAUGGCAUCGCUGUGGGACCCAUCCAAGGAACCGAGCACCUUGACGAGGGCUUCCAGAGAUGGCGACUACUGGUACACUACCAGGAUCUCUCCGUGUUGGCCUAUGAGAUUGGGAAACCAGCGAGAGAUCAACUCGACCUGAGUCUAAUGUCCAUCUGA